CGCUCGCCGGCUCCCGGGCGCACGCCCCGCCUCCGCUGCGGUCUCCGCUCUCCAGUGCGCGGCGGGAGCCGGACCGGAGCCGGCGGCCGGCGCUGGGAGCUCGGCGCCCGACAGCGGGCGAGGCCCGAGGCGCGAUGGCGGAGAUGGGCAGCAAGGGGGUGACGGCGGGGAAGUUCGCCAGCAACAUGCAGAAGAAGCUCACCCGGGCGCAGGAGAAGGUCCUCCAGAAACUGGGCAAGGCCGAUGAGACGAAGGACGAGCAGUUCGAACAGUGUGUCCAGAACUUCAACAAGCAGCUGAAUGAGGGCACCCGGCUCCAGAAGGACCUCCGGACCUACCUGGCCUCCGUCAAAGCCAUGCACGAGGCCUCCAAGAAGCUGAACGAGUGUCUGCAGGAGGUGUAUGAGCCCGACUGGCCUGGCAGGGACGAAGCGAACAAGAUCGCCGAGAACAACGACCUGCUCUGGAUGGAUUACCACCAGAAGCUGGUGGACCAGGCGCUGCUCACCAUGGACACGUACCUGGGCCAGUUCCCUGACAUCAAGUCGCGCAUCGCUAAGCGAGGCCGGAAGCUGGUGGACUACGACAGUGCCCGGCACCAUUACGAGUCCCUCCAAACUGCCAAAAAGAAGGAUGAAGCCAAAAUUGCCAAGCCUGUCUCGCUGCUUGAGAAAGCCGCCCCCCAGUGGUGCCAAGGCAAACUGCAGGCUCAUCUCGUAGCUCAAACUAACCUGCUCCGAAAUCAGGCCGAGGAGGAGCUGGUCAAAGCGCAGAAGGUGUUCGAGGAGAUGAACGUGGACCUGCAGGAGGAGCUGCCGUCCCUGUGGAACAGCCGUGUCGGUUUCUACGUCAACACGUUUCAGAGCAUCGCAGGCCUGGAGGAGAACUUCCACCGGGAGAUGAGUAAGCUCAACCAGAGCCUCAACGACGUGCUGGUCGGCCUGGAGAAGCAGCACGGGAGCAACGCCUUCACGGUCAAGGCCCAGCCCAGUGACAGUGCCCCAGCAAAAGAGAACAAGAGCCCUUCGCCUCCGCCAGAUGGCUCCCCUGCGGCCACCCCUGAGGUCAGAGUCAACCAUGAGCCCGAACUGGCCAGUGCGGCCGCCCCCGGGGCUGCCCUGCCCAAGUCCCCGUCUCAGCUCCGGAAAGGCCCACCCGUCCCUCCGCCUCCCAAACACACCCCAUCCAAGGAGGUCAAGCAGGAGCAGAUCCUCAGCCUGUUUGGUGACACCUUUAUCCCUGAGAUCAGCGUGACCACCCCCUCCCAGUUCGAGGCCCCGGGGCCGUUCUCGGAGCAGGCCAGUCUGCUGGACCUGGACUUUGACCCCCUGCCGCCCGUGGCGAGCCCGGUGAAGGCGCCCACGCCCUCCGGUCAGCCCACAGAGGGUCCAGCUGGCAGCUUACCUUCCAGGGAGCCCAGCGCUGCCGAGGGCACCUUUGCUGUGGCCUGGCCCAGCCAGGCGGCCGAGCCGGGGCCUGCCCAACCAGCAGAGGCCUCGGAGGUGGUGGGGGGCACCCAACUUGCGGCCGGAGCCCAGGAGCCCGGGGACACAGCAGCCGGCGAAGCAGCCUCGAACUCCCUGCCGGCCGUGGUGGUGGAGACCUUCUCCGCAGUGAACGGCACGGUGGAGGGCAGCAGCGGGGCUGCGCGCGCGGACCUGCCCCCGGGGUUCAUGUUCAAGGUGCAGGCCCAGCAUGACUACGCGGCCACCGACACGGAUGAGCUGCAGCUCAAGGCGGGGGACGUGGUGCUGGUGAUCCCCUUCCAGAACCCCGAGGAGCAGGACGAAGGCUGGCUCAUGGGCGUGAAGGAGAGCGACUGGAACCAGCACAAGGAGCUGGACACGUGCCAGGGCGUCUUCCCCGAGAACUUCACGGAGCGGGUUCAGUGAGGCCGCAGUGGCCAUGGCGGCUCUGGUGUGUGAACACCUUCUCCCAAAAAGUGUGUGUUUUUUUCUUUCUGUUUUCGUUUUUGAACUUUUUGGAAAGCAAAGGGAAUCGAGAGGAGAGACCUGAGCCGAGAGGUGUCUCCCGAAGAGGAGGAGGUUUUCCGAAGAGCCGGUUCCGGCCCCUAGUUGAGUUCCUGGCUGCCGCCACCCGCCAGCGCCUUUGGGGUCCGCAGCCGCCGUGUGCCCGGCCCAGGGUGGGCCCGGGGCUGCAGAGCCGCCGCGCUUGCCUGAAGCUUUGGCUGAGCCACCUGGGCAAGGGUCCUCCUUUCCUGCCGCUGCUGGGGGUGGGGGCCAGUCUCCCUAGACACCUUCGGACCCAGACCACUGUCUGGCCUAGCCCUGCCCCGCAGACGUCUGUGUGCUGUUUGAAAAUAAAUCUUAGUGUUCAAAACAGUGAAACCAAA